AUGAGUGAAGAUAAUUUUAUAUCAAAUAGUUUAAGUGAUCGAAUUGAUCCAAAACGUGUUCGAUACCCUCAUUGUAUUGUUUGGACACCAAUUCCAUUUCUUACAUGGCUUUUUCCAUUUAUUGGUCACAUGGGUAUUGCACGUACUGAUGGUGUUAUUAGAGAUUUUGCAGGACCUUAUUAUGUAUCAGAAGAUAAUAUGGGUUUUGGUCGACCAACACGAUACUUACAACUUGAUUUGAAUCGUAUUCCAACAACACCAAAUUCUAAUAAUGUCCAUGGUGUUUGGGAUAAAGCUGUUGAACAAGCAUCAGGGGAAUAUAAAAAACGAAUGCAUAAUUUAUGUUGUGAUAAUUGUCACUCACAUGUAGCUAUGGCAUUGAAUACAAUGAACUAUGAUCGAAAACAUUCGUAUAAUAUGAUUAAACUUUGUUUUUGGAUGUUUUUUCGAGGAAAAUUUGUUAGUUUCAUUGGUUUUAUUUUAUCUUGGUUGCCAUUUCUUAUAAUUCUGACUGUUUUCUUCGGUUUUACCUUUUUUUUUAAAGCUACAAAAUAA